AUGUUCAGGAAAGAAUAUACAGAAAAUGAUGUCAAAAAUGCCAGGGAAUUUGCAUUUUUUGCGUUUUUCGCUGCAACAAUCACAUCAUUUUCGGCACUUCUUGUUUUCCCGGCAGUUUUUUUUCAAUUCACAGAGGAUUUCAAAAGUGGCUACAUGGCAUCGUCAGCGCAAAAUUGCUGCUUCUGUUCGAUUGGUCUUCCUGGUCCGAAAGGGAUUCCAGGAGAAAACGGAAAAAAUGGCAAAGAUGGUGGUUUUGGAAGUGCUGGCAAGCCAGGAAGAGACGCCAUCGAGAGAUCGAUGCAUGACGGCUACUUUGAUUUCUGCUUCGAAUGCCCUCCCGGUCUUCCCGGACAAGACGGUCCAAUGGGCGAAAAAGGUCCGAGAGGAGCUAUUGGGAGUCCAGGAUUGCAAGGAUCAAAAGGGAAAUCCAUUCAAGGGCCCGUGGGUUCGCCAGGAGUUCAAGGUGUCGUCGGUUUGCCAGGUUCACCAGGAAUACAAGGAAAACCCGGAGUCAUCCAAUUAUCGAUUGAAGUUUCUGGCCCACCGGGGCUACCAGGAAGCGCGGGACCUCCAGGAUUAGACGGGCCAAUUGGGCCAAAAGGAAAACAAGGGGCUCCUGGGAUUCGAGGGAAUCAUGGUGAUAACGGUCCAGAUGGAAGUCCAGGAAUACCUGGUGUUGAUGGCCAAGAUGGUGAUGCUGGCCUAGAAGGUGCAGAAGGUUCAUGUGAUCAAUGUCCGUUUGCGAGAACACCUCCAGGUUAUUAG